AUGUUCGUCUCAGACAACGAGUUUACCCAACUAUUAGAAGACUUAUCGACCGUUGCCACCAAUUACAAUCUGGAUACUUCCUCGAAUCAGGCUGCAGCUGCCAACAACAUUUCAGCAGCCCAACAAAGGAACACCAAUAAUAACUCUUCUCUAAAUAUGUCUCCUCUCCUCACACAGACACAGAAGGAGAGUGGAAAUACUAGAGAUUACGUUUCUGACACGGUAGCCUCUUCGGCAUAUCCGCCACCCGCGCAGGACCCACAACGUGUACUGCGACAAAUGAUGAGUCUGUGUAAACAUAUUUAUUAUCGAGGUUUGAUCGAGGGUAGCGGGAGUGAUGUGACCAUAAGAGCAUUUGGUAAAGAUUAUCAUCUGCAUCGAAUUAUCCUUUUCCAAAACACCUACUUCUCGGUGUUGAUGGAAGGUCCGUGGAAGGAGAAUGGCGCAAAUGCAAUAGAAUUAAGAUUUGACGAUGAAAAUAUCACACGUGACGCAUUUGAAAUUGCACUUGGGCGUCUUUAUGGUCGUCUGGAUGAUGUUAUACUACCCUCGCAGGUGCUUAAUCUACUCGCCACUGCUUCAUUUCUCGACCUACAAGAUAUAUGUGAAACGUGCGUCGAGGUGAUCCUACGGGAUAUCAAGGAAGACACCGUGGUUCACUACCUUACCUUUGCCACGUCACAUUUUUACGGAACUCAUUCUGAGAAAAUCACUGAAUCAUGUUUCACGUACUUGUGUCGAGAAGGUUUCGAUAAUUUACGAUUAAGAUCGGCGUUUUUGUCAUUACCCGCUGAAUGGCUAAAACGAGUGCUUGAGAGUGAUGCUUUUUGGGUGCCGAGUGAAUACGAGCGUUAUUUAUUUGCGAGGGAAGUGAUCAGUAAUCGAAGAAAAAUUGCAUCAGAUCAGAAGCGAAAUAGUAUGGGAGAUCAUCAACAAAUGAUGUAUUCAAUGGACAAUAAUAAUGGUAAUAGUAUACCUGAUUCACCCACAACUCCUACCCCAACCUCGCCAAGAAUUAAACGAUUAUCUGAACCUGCAUUCACAUAUCACACGCGAAGAUCCGCAUCAAUAUGCUCAACCUCAUCCACUUCAUCCUCUUGUAUUCCAGUCGAUAGUGACGAGCAAAUAUACACCGCUAUCUUUUCCUACGGCAUUUAUUAUGCUCACAUGAGAUUCGAAGAGUUGAACUCCAUUCUUAAUGAUCGUGAUAUAAUUAACAAUGCGCCGUUCGCGCCAAAUCACGUGUUAAAGGAAGCAUUAUGGCAGCAGAUUGAUCUAAGGAAUAAGAUUGAAAAUGCAUUAGAAACGGAUGUCACGCUUGGUAUUUCGUCAUCGGAAAUACCCCCGGGAUUUCAUUUCGAAAUUCCUUCUGAUGACACAACUCAUAUUGGGGAAGCACUGACCGGUCUUGAUGAUAUGAUUGGUGGUGGAACAAAAGCAAUGAAAGAUGGUGAGGGAAGAGGGAGCGUAGAAUAUUCAUUGUUUGCCCCAUUUAGAUUCAGCGUUGAAUUUGCUGAUGUGGCAAAAUUAAAAGAAAAACAACGGGUAUAUUCUAAAACGAAAUUUUAUGCUGGAUCAAACUGGAAUAUGUAUAUACAAAAGAUAAAAACGCCGAGAAAAGGAAUUCAGCUUGGAGUUUAUUUACAUCGUCAUUCAAUGCCCGAUAUAUCAUCUAACUCGAAUCUAAAUGGAUCAUCAAGCAACAAACCUAAUGGCACCACACCUUCAUCCUCUUCUGGUGUCGAUUCCAAUGAUCAAUUUGCCACGCGUCAAUCAUUGUUAAUGCGCAACAUGAACAGUGAAAAGAGUUUCUCACGAUACGCCGAUAGAAGGAAAACUGUCAGAACAUGGUUCAAGAUCUUUUGUCCGGCAAGAGGUCCAAGCCACGUAUUGACCCAGUUUCAGAGUAGUCCUGACAAUUUUGCAUUGAUGCAAAGUUGGGGUUGGCGAAGCUCAAGUUUGUGUUCCGAUGAUUAUUUAUUAGAUGUUCGAGACUUUGAUUCAACUAUGGCUUCGGCCAUGUCAAGCUCCACCUCAUCAACCCUGAAAUUCUCGGUGGUGAUGGGACAUGUGUAA